AGACGGUCCAUUAUCACUUUGGUGUCAACUCUCCAACAAAAGCAAAUCCUUAGAAAGCUUGAAAAAAUAAUUCAAAAAGACAAAAAUUCAGAAAAGAAUGUAAAAGGCCAAAAAGGAAAAAGAAAGAAAGCAAGAAUCUGACACGGUUUCACAUGGAUCGCGAAGCAGAGUUCGGAGUGAGAUGAUUGUAGAGAAAUCAGCGUAGGAUCCACCUGUUGACGAAAGUUGCGAUUUUUUUUUGAGAGAGAAAGUUUCAGAGCUCAGAGCUUUGGGGUUAUGGAGGCGAAGCAGCUGAGGUUUCUUACACACCAAGCUUUCUUCUCCGCCGUCCGAUCAGGGAACCUCGAUCAUCUGAAGCAGAUACUCGACAGGUUGACUAGGGAUGAAACUUCCGAUGAGCCGUCGCCGUCGCCGUCGUCGACAUCGUCUUCUUUGGCGGUCUCUGAUCUGAUGGCGGUGCAAAACGAUGCCGGAGAGACCGCAGUGUACAUCGCCGCCGCGGAGAAUCUGGAGGAGAUGUUCAGCUACUUGAUCAGGUUCUGUAAUGUUGAGACCGUGAAGAUCAGAUCCAAGUCCGACUUGAACUCCUUUCAUGUCGCUGCCAAGCGUGGGCACUUGGGAAUCGUGAAGGAGUUACUGAGCCUAUGGCCAGAGCUCUGUGGAAUAUGCGACUCAUCCAACACCAGCCCGCUGUACUCAGCGGCAGUCCAGGACCAUUUCGAUGUCGUGAACGUGAUGCUGGACGUGGAUCCUAGCUGUUCCAGAAUCGUUAGGAAGAACGGCAAAACCUGUGCUCUUCACAUGGCUGCGAAAGGCCAGAACGCAGAGGUGGUGGAGGAGAUUUUGCAUGCUGGCUACCCUAUUUUGAACGAGAGGGACCGGAAAGGGAACACUGCGUUGCAUAUCGCGACGAGGAAGUCACGGCCGCAGAUAGUGAGCCUAUUGCUGGCUUACACAUCAAUUGAAGUCAAUGCAGUAAACAACCAGAAAGAAACUGCAAUGGACUUGGCUGAUAGACUCCAAUACGGAGGAUCUGCGUUGGAGAUCAAUGAAGCACUGAUUGACGCAGGGGCCAAACACGGAAGGUAUGUAGGGCAAGAAGACGAGACAAUGGCGCUGAAGAGAGCGGUCAGCGAUAUCAAACACGAGGUACAGUCACAGCUUUUACAGAAUGAGAAGACCAACAGGCGUGUAUCGGGGAUCGCCAAAGAGCUGAGGAAACUCCAUAGAGAAGCAGUCCAGAACACGACAAACUCAAUCACAGUUGUGGCGGUCCUAUUUGCGUCAAUCGGGUUCUUGGCGAUAUUCAACCUGCCGGGACAGUACUUCUCGGAAGGGCCGGAGGUGGGGAAAGCGGAGAUAGCGGGAAGGACAGGGUUUCGGGUGUUCUGCCUACUGAACGCGACAUCGCUGUUUAUAUCGCUGGCGGUGGUGGUAGUGCAGAUAACACUGGUGGCGUGGGACACGAGGGCGCAGAAGAAGGUGGUGGCGGUGGUGAACAAGCUGAUGUGGGCGGCCUGCGGAUGCACGUUCGGGGCAUUUUUGGCGAUAGCGUUUGUGGUGGUGGGGAAAGGAAAUUCGUGGAUGGCGAUGACGGUGACGUUGCUUGGGGCUCCCAUCCUGGUGGGGACGCUGGCGAGCAUGUCUUACUUUGUGUUCCGACAGCGGUUCGGAUGUUUCAGGAGCGAUUCUCAGAGAAGGAUAAAGAGGGCUAGUGGGAGCAAGUCCUUCUCUUGGUCCUAUUCUGCUCACGUUUCCGAUCUGGACGACGAGUCUGAUCUCGACAAGAUAAUCGCCCUCUGAUCGAGACAGAGUCAUCACUGCUCCGCCUGUUUCUGCAGCUGUAUAGGUGUUUGCGUUUCUUUCACGGAAGUGUUGUUUCUGUGUAAUAGUAGCAAUAAUCUCUGUGUACCUUUUUUUUUUCUUUUUCUCCAAGCAAAUCUCUCUCGUUUUUGUUAUAAUCUAAUAAUACCUAAGCACAUAGAAAGCACGUAUUUACAGAAAGCUCGGAUCCAGUGUUGGAUUUGUGUGUA